AUGAGUAAUUUUAUCGUAGCUUUUUCUUUUUCUGGUUGGUGCAAUAGCCUAUUAUAUCAUACAACAUCUUAUGAAACUAUCCUGAAUAACAAAAUUUGAGGAAAACUACUUGUUUUGAACAUGCGUUUGUAGAAGUUGAUCUUAUAUGGCGAAAACCCGUUUUACAUUGCAUUUGUGAUAAGUUAGAUUUCAUGAUCAGCUGUUUCUUACAGAGGGGCUCCUUUAGUAGUGGUGGGACAGUUCACUGGAGAAAAAGGAAAUGGUCACUAACUGAUCACAACAUAUGGGGGGUGGUGUUCAGGAGUGGGUAAUCAAUAACUGAAGGUAAAGAUGGUCAAAUCUGAGAGGAUGAGGAUUUGAGCAGAGGCAAUGAAUGCAUGGCAGCUAAUGUAUAACAGAGAGGUUAAAAGGGCGAUGCUAAAAGAGAGAUUUGCCCUUUGAGAUUUUUGAGGUUGAGGGGGAUGCCCGAAUCCUUGGUGUUCAGCUGGUAAGCUGGGUAGCAGACCAGGGGUUCUGCGUGGGGCCAGUCGCAGCUCCUCCAGAUUCACGAGGUGGUUUCUUCUUCUGAAUGUUUUACAAGGCAUUCGUCUUGACAUUUUCUUUUGUAAUUUUUUCUUAUGCUAGUUUUUUUCUUCUUCUCAGGGGCAUUUUCUUCUGGUCCAUUUCGACCAUUCUAAUUGUUGAACUUUUGUCAUUCUAGCAUCUGUGAUGACUCUUCGAACGAUAUUUGGCAUAAUUCCGUUGAAGAACAUUUUCAGGGAUGUGAAAUACGAGGGAAAUUUACUGUGAAGAAACCAUGAUACCUUUGCGGAUGCUUUUACAUCAUUAAUUCCUAGGUUCAACGAAAGAGUCUGGUGAUCUUGAUUAUAUCGAGAAGAUGAGUUUUUACUUUGCAUGGCACCAGGUGAGGGAUAUAUAUGUGCAUAUAGGCUCUCCUAACUCAGAAAAUGUCCUCUUUGGUUAGAUGGGCCUCACGAUUGGAAAUGACAUUCUAUUUGCCCUUGAUCCUGGCUGGUGUAAGCAUAGCUUACGACUGAUCUUGCCGGGCAAAAUAUAUGGAGAGAAAUAACAUCAAAUUUGGACGGAAGUUCAUAAUUAUACAAGACAUGAUCAACACGGUUGUUUAGCCUGUCGUCGGCUGAUUUAGAGCUGUGGAAAUUAGACGAUCAUGAAGCCGGCCUGAUGAACUUCAUCGAGCUGCAUGGCUUAUUUUUCUUCCCUCAGUUUCUGUUCUGUUUCCUUUUUACCAUAAAACAUCUUGUUAGAGUCCUGACGAAUUUUUGCGUCUUUUUCCUUCAAGAAUUUAUUGACUGCUCCUGGCGUGCCUUCGACAUUGGUUCAGGUAACGGCCGCCGUAAUGUCGCCGCCGUGCGAGAUGGCUUCCGAUCCCGGUAAGAAUCAGGCGAUCGUUUCUUCUUUGCUUACCGAGGAAGAAGCAGAUCAUCGUCUUCGUUUCUGUUCCAUGCUGGUGGUGGCAACGGUGUCACCGGAGCACAGUUCGCGGCGGUGGUGUCGCAGCUGCGCGGGCUGGGAAUCGCCGGCGUCAACCACAACAUUCUCAUCAUCCGCAUCGGAUCACUUCUCUACACGCUUCUCGCCCCCGCCAUCCACCACACCGACGACGGCGCUGCACGGCUUCGUACCAGGGGGCGGGUUGGUCGCGGUGGCGGCUCUGGGGGAUUUACUUUAGUUUAA